AUGCUUGUCCCAGGAGACAGUUCAGUAGCCCCCCCUGUAACCCCUGUAGACACCACAGGCACCCCCUGCGGCGGGACAGGAGUGGAAACCGAUUGGCCAAGUCCCCCCCCCGGGUCGAUGUGGAAGGCGCAAUCUUUGUGGGACUAAGAGCGUACCACUCAGCCCACAGUUGGCUAUCCACAGAAUUUGGCAGUGAAGGAGGAACUGCAGUAUUACAUUCCCAUGAAUUCAAGAAACCCCUUGCACUCCUAACUAAGCCCCCACCACUCCCAGCUACACCAGACAAGCAAGAAUACUCACACCGGAAUUUUAAAAUGGCUGAGGUAAGAAGGGAAAAUGCCCGCCUAUAUUUAGUCCCCUCUCCCCCCUUACCACACCCUUACCUAA